AUGCCGUCUAUCUAUUAUCAGCUCGUUGUCGAUGCUGACGCAGUAGCUUGCGGCCUAGCAUGUGUCGUUGUGCUAACUUAUUACUAUUUACACUCCCACCCGUCGGCUCUCGCUCCUGUAAUCCCCAGUGUUCCACUCGAUCGUUUACGUGUUGUGUACUUUUACUUCGCAAUGAACAGUGUUUAUGUCGUGAUUUUACAAUUAUCAGUACUUCAAGUUGCCCUAGGAGCCUGA